CCCUACAAAUAAACUAUGGCUACGGAUACAGCGACUCUUAUUCAGACGGCCAAGCUGGCUGAGCAGGCUGAGCGCUACGAAGACAUGGCCAAAUUUAUGAAGGAGGUUACGGAGAAUUCAGAGGAGCUGUCGGACGAGCAGAGGAACCUGCUGUCCGUCGCCUACAAAAACGUGGUCGGGGCGAAGCGGUCCGCCUGGAGGGUGCUGUCCAGCAUUGAACACAAGACCGACGCAGGCGACAAGAAGCUGGAGAUGAUCAAACAAUAUCGGACAAAGGUGGAGCUGGAGCUGCGCGCUGUCUGCGACGAAGUUUUGUUACUCCUGAAAGAAUAUUUAAUUAAAAAUGCCAAGCAAGCAGAGAGCAAAGUCUUCUAUCAAAAGAUGAAAGGGGACUACCAUAGAUAUCUUGCUGAAGUCGCUUCAGACAAAAAAACACCCAUGAUAGACUCACAGGAUGCAUACGAGUGUGCACUUGAAAUCAGCAAGGAGAUGCCCCCGACACAUCCCAUCCGCUUGGGCCUGGCUCUUAACUUUUCUGUCUUCUACUACGAGAUCCUCAACUGCCCAGACAAAGCCUGCGAACUGGCCAAAAAGGCGUUUGAUGAUGCCAUUGCAGAGCUCGACCAGCUAAGCGAGGAUUCCUACAAAGACAGCACUCUUAUCAUGCAGCUCCUCAGAGACAACCUGACAUUAUGGACAUCUGACAGUGCUGCCGAGGAGGGCGAUGGUGGAGAAGCAGGAGAGGCUUGCGAGAAUGAGAACUAAAACACACAAGCCCUCACUGUUAGGGUUAUUUCCAAAAACAACAAAAGGGAAAAAAACUUUUUACACAUCCUUCAUUCCUUAAUGCUCCACUCAGACAUUCUACCAAUGAAACCCACUGCUGAAAAUGGUAGUGUAAGGAAAUAAUUAAUUAAAAAAAAAGAAAAAAAAAAAGCAUUCUUCAAUUCAGAUUUGGACGAGACUGAUUUAAAAAAAAAAAAAAAAAAGAGAGAAACCUUCCAUUUCUUUGGUUUAUGUUUUUCCUGGCCAUCCCAUUUGUGCAGUUUCAGCUGUAAGGAGAAAAAAAAAAAAGUGAUUAAUAGCUUGACAUGAUAUCAAACCCCUAGCUCAAUUUAGAGUCCGAGCAACUGGAAGUCGUGAGAAAUCUGGAUCGUUUUCCAAUAAGAAAUGUUAGAAAUAAAUAAUAGUUUCUCUCAUAUCUUUUCGUAGUGUGUCUGUCUCUAUACAGUUGCAUGGUACAGUUACAGCGGCUGAGGUUUGACUUCAAAUGAAUAUAAUUCUCAUACUGCAGGGACGCCUGUGCACUUUACAUGCUGGCAACAAUUGCUGUAACACAGCCAAAUAGUGUCCGUUGGUUAAAUCCUCACUUUCUGCCCUGGUUUUGGUGCCACUUUCACUGAAGCAUGUCUUUUGCAGCAAGCGGCGGAUCUCGUCUGACCGAGUGCAGGGACCUUUUUAAUGGGAAACGACAAUUGUGUCAUGCAUGUCUCUUGAGAUAUUACACUGGAAGGGGGAACAAUUGCUGUAACACACAAGUCCAAGUGUCAAGUUUAGUAAUUUUCAAUGCAGCUUUGUACACAUCCUACAUCAGGGUGAUUUGUUAGUCUGUCCAGUGAUUGUCACUAGAGAUUUGGACCACUAUUCUUUUGCUAUUCAUUCAAUUGUAGUACCUAAAAGCCUUGUGGAACUGUUUGAAUCCCUAUGUAUCAGCUAUGUUAACAUGAAUAAACAUUUUAUAAAUCGA